CAUACAUAAACUUUAAAGGCUUCAACAGUUUCAAAUUUCAGUGUCGGUGGUCUAAUUUUUAUAAUCACAGGUUUAAAUAAAAAAAAAGAUGAAAACUUUAAUCUAAAAACUUUAACAAAAAAAGCCCAUCAUCUUACCUUACUGUUUAAUUUUUUUUCACAACCCUUUAAACCAAAAAAAAUUAUGAAAAAAAUGGUUUUAAAGAUUCUAAAUUUAUCAUUAGUCAUGUCCAAAAAAUAAAUUUACCUUCUUUUUUUUCAUGCACAAGCAUAAAAAGCUUUAAGCUUUUCUUUUUUUUAAUCUAUUGUUUGUUUUUUCUGAAAGGGACCCUUUAUAAAAGACACAGUUUUCCAUAAUCAAAGCUAUACAGGUGUCCAGAAAAUGAAAGAAAGUUAAGAGAGAAAAAGAAAAAAAGAACAGAAAAAGAAGAGGGAAUUCAUGUGAUGUUGGGGGUGCUUUGAUUUGAGCUUUUUAUUGGUUGUUGAUUAGAUUUUGUUUGUGUUGCUUGUUUUAGUGGUGUUAUCACUAUCAAGCAAGCUAUAUCAACAUAGAAUAAAUCCAAAAAAAAAAACUGAGGGAAAGUGAUCAUCUUGGAGAUCUGGGUUUUUUUUUUUCAGCUUUUAAUGGAAAAAAUGAUGAGGUUUCAGUAUAAGCCUGUUAGAAGACAAGAAGCCAUUGUUGGGUUGUUUGUGUUGCUUUUCCCAGUUCUUUUGCCUUGUUUUUUUGCUUCAUUCAGCCAUGCUUCCCCUUCAACAUUCUUGGAGUGGAAUGUUCCGAAACCUCGACAUUUACGGUUACUCACGAGUGCCUUACAACGUGAAAGUUCUAAUGGAGAACCGACUGAUCUUUGGGCUCCUUUGGCUGACCAAGGUUGGAGACCAUGUCUUGGUGGAUCUGUAAACGCCCCACGUGAGUGGCAAACGAUGAGAUUUUUGAGUUUUGCGUUGCCCCAGAAAUCUGAAGGAUAUCUUCAGGUCUUUCUUGAUGGAGGACUUAACCAGCAAAGAAUGGGGAUAUGUGAUGCGGUUGCCGUUGCUAAAAUAUUGAAUGCAACACUUGUGAUCCCGUAUCUCGAAGUAAAUCCGGUUUGGCAAGAUUCAAGCUCAUUCAUGGAUAUAUUUGAUGUGGAUCACUUUAUUAAUGUAAUGAAGGAUGACAUAUCGAUUGUCAAAGAACUACCUGAUGAUUUCUCUUGGAGCACAAGAGAGUAUUAUGCCACCGCUAUUCGACCAACCCGAAUUAAACGAGCACCUGUUCAUGCAUCUGCAAACUGGUACCUCGAGAAUGUCUUGCCUGUACUUCAGAGCAAUGGGAUUGCUGCAAUUUCUCCGUUUUCUCACCGUUUGUCUUUUGACAACUUGCCGAGUGAAAUCCAGAAGCUACGUUGUAAAGUCAACUUUAAAGCACUUGUUUUUGUUCCGCACAUUCGAGCACUUGGAGAUGCCCUUGUCCAUCGCCUAAGGUAUCCUCCUACUGAAAGUCAACCACUUAUUACCGAUGAUCUCACUGGGACCACUGAUCGAAAUGUCAAACAAAUGCCACAGAAAUUUGUAGUGGUACACCUUCGGUUUGAUAAGGAUAUGGCGGCUCAUUCAGCCUGUGAUUUCGGUGGGGGUAAAGCUGAAAAGUUGGCUUUGGCCAAGUACCGACAAAGGAUUUGGGGAGGGAGGGUUCUCAAUUCUCAGUUUACCGAUGAAGAGUUGAGGAGUCAAGGUCGUUGUCCAUUGACUCCUGAAGAAAUUGGAUUGUUGCUAGCAGCUUUGGGUUUUGAUAAUAGUACCCGUCUUUAUCUUGCUUCCCACAAGGUAUAUGGCGGGGAAGCUAGGAUUUCCACCUUACGCGAGCUAUUCCCGAAGAUGGAAAACAAAAAGAGCCUUGCCUCUUCAGAGGAAAGGGUCCUUAUAAAAGGAAAAGCUUCAUUGUUAGCAGCAGUUGAUUACUAUGUUGGUAUGCAUAGUGAUAUCUUUGUCUCGGCCUCUCCUGGGAAUAUGCACAAUGCGUUGGUUGGACACCGAACUUUCGAGAACAUGAAGACCAUAAGACCAAACAUGCCAUUAUUAGGGCAACUCUUCCUUAACAAAAACAUUACUUGGUCGGAAUUCCGUCAAGCAGUGGUGGAAGGUCAUCAAAACAGACAAGGUCAACUCCGGUUAAGGAAACCGAAACAAUCCAUAUAUACAUAUCCGGCUCCGGAUUGUAUGUGCCAAGCUUAAAUCCCUAAACCUCAUUUUAUAGGUAUGCCAAGUUUACGCUUACUAUAUUUUAUUGAUUUCAUUACUGCAACUAUUAAUUGUGGCUUGUAUUAUUGGUAUAAUAAAUAAGAAGCAAUCCCAUUUCUCUCAUCAAUAAAAAGUAUAACAUCCUACUGUUCUUAGUCGGUAUCGUGUAGCGUAUCGAGUCGGCUGUGGUAUCGAGAAUGGUGUUGUUUAACGUUAAACUUUUGUGGAUUGUAUGGAGUAUGGACCGCAGAGUGGGGGUAUGCAACGUAUAAAUCAUCUCGGUUUUGUUAGUUGCAUAGGUCAGCCGGUGAAGCCGUCUGUACAACUCAUUUUCGUGUUGAUUAUUAGGAGAAACAUUGAUGUGUUGUGGAAGAGAUUUUGAGUGUUUACUUUGUAGUUUGCGACAUUAUAUUUGAUUUUCUUUUUUUGAAAUAAUAUAUUUGGUUUCGGUAUAGAA